ACAAUGGCCACGCUCUCAAUUCCACAAGAGGCACAAGCCCUCAAUGCCUAUGACGACAAGAGCUUUAUCAAGGAAAAUCAUAGUUAUCAAAUGCACCCUAAUGACCCGACCCGGGUGGCUGUUUUUCCGGCCGAAAAGGCCCGCGGCACCGACUUUGAACCCUUCCCCGUAGAGACACGCAACUUCCACAUCAACAUACCGCCGCCAUCGCCGCUGCAGCUAUUCCAGCUUUUCCUUCCUAUUUCCCUUGUUGAGAGAUGGGUCCAAUACACUCAAAGCUGGCUCUCGUGGCUCAAGGAAAAUGACGUUGUCGAUAGCUGGAAUCACCCAAUGACGAAGAAUGCCAGGCUGCGAGCUUGGCAAGGGACCUCUGUUGCAGAAGUAUAUGUAUGGCUUGGAGUGCUAAUUUAUAUAGGUUUACAUAAGGAAAGGACCAUUAAGAGCCAUUGGAGUACUCCAAAGCCGGGGGAACAGCGCCCUUUACACUCAAUCAUCAAGUUCAUGCCCUAUUGGAAGUUUCAGAUCCUUCACCGCCACCUUCGCCCUUUUGACUACACCAAGAUCGACGAGACCGCGCCUCUUCCGAAGGUAUUCCAAGCCUGUGAUGAGUGGUCUGAUCAUAUACAAGCUGCGUCGGCGGAGAUCUUUAUCCCGGGCUCUCAUCUCGCUGUAGAUGAGUGUAUGAUCCGCUUCACGGGCAGGUCUAAUGAGACAACAGUCGUCAAAGGCAAGCCCAUUCCUCGAGGCUUUAAGAUCUGGGUUAUCGCACAGCACGGCUUCUUUAUCCACUGGUUCUGGCACAUCACGGGCGCCCAAUACGGCGCCGUUGGUGUUGAGCUUCCUCCCGCAAAGCGCCGCUGCACCCGCCGCACGCAAGGAUCACAGGAGACACAGGGGAGCUCCUCAGACGAGCCUAUCGCCUUGAACUCGACUCAAAGCGUCGUCGUGGCCCUAGCAAAUAUACUGCCAAAAGCGACAUAUCACGUCUUCGUCGAUAACCUCUUCUCGUCGUCAGAUCUCUUCCGCAGCCUCCGUAUGCAUGGUCACGGAGCCACAGGCACGGCUCGACCUAACAGCGGCAUCAACGAGGAGCUUGUUCAUGAUCUCAGAGGCGAUAAAAGGCUCAGUACGAGCUAUGACUUUAACCAGGUUAAAGUGAUCCCUACGCCUGACAAUAAGGUCAACCAAGUCGCUUGGAAGGAUAGCCGCCUCGUCCUCUUCUUCACGACUGUCUUUUCCGGCGAGGAGCGAGUCGAACGUCGCAGGAAGAAGCCCACCUCCAAGAAGCCCGAGGCCCGGCAGAUACGCCGCUUCUUCGGCGAUGAAGUCAUCAAGGAUAUCUCUAUCCCUACUAUUGCCGCUGAGUAUAACGAUGAGAUGAAUCACGUGGAUCGGGGCGACCAGUUGAGGUCAUAUUACGCCUAUGAUCAUCCCUUGCGCCGCGGCCCUUGGCAGGCUCUUUGCUGGACCUUCCUGCUUGACGUUGCACUCGUCAAUAGCUAUGUUAUUCAGUUGCGGGGCCCGAAGCCAAGUUGGAAGCGAUUCACGACUCAGAGAGAGUGGCGAGAGUGCAUUUACAAUGAGUUAUUCAACACCUACGGCCAGGAAAGUCAGUCGCGGCAACGUUACAGAGCCGGCGACGAGCGUGACCUUCAAAACCCUGAUUUACAGCGUGUUCACAUCAAUCGAGAGGUCAAUCAUGUCAAUCGCAAGAUUAUGGAGAUUUGCUACAAGUGCGGCGUGAAAGUCGUCACGGUUUACGCCUUCAGUAUCGAGAACUAUAACCGCCCGAAAUACGAGGUCGAGGGCCUUAUGCAGCUGGCCAAGGUUAAACUGGAACAGUUGACCAACUAUGGUCACAUUCUCGAUCGUUACGGUGCUCGUGUCCGCGUCCUAGGCCAGCGCGAAAUGAUUCGAGCCGAUGUUUUGGAGGUUGUUGACAAGGCUGUCGCGAGAACCAAGCACAACAACAAGGCCGUAUUGAACAUUUGCUUCCCCUACACAUCGAGAGCUGAGAUGACUACCGCAGUCAGAUCAACAGUGCAAGAGUUCCUUGCUCCCACUCCUCCCCGAAGCACCCCAUUCUCUCCUUCUCGUAUCAGGCAAAAGAUCCUGUCGCGCCAGCUGGAUGGCCGCGAGGGUCUGCCCACGAUCCCCGAUGUUCUGCCCGAGGACUCGGAGCCCUUGGAUGGCGAUGAUGCCAAGAAAGACAGUGAUGGGGAUUCGUCAUCGCCCACACUGCACCCCGACUCACCCCCACCUCGCAUCAGGGCGAGAAACAGCGCAGCCAGCCUCUCUGGCCUGCCAAAUCCCGAGACGAUCACAGCCGAGACGCUCGACAAGCACAUGUACACAGCAAACGAUCCCCCUCUAGAUAUCUUUGUUCGAACUAGCGGAGUGGAACGCCUCAGCGACUUUAUGCUCUGGCAGUGCCACCAGGACACUCAGAUCUUUUUCAUUGAUACUCUGUGGCCCGACUUUGAUCUCCACGACUUCAUCUGGAUCUUGUUGGAGUGGCAGUGGCGGCAGAAGCAGAAGGACCGCGAAGAGGCGCCGGUCCGGGCGGUAACUGUUACGGCGUGA